AUGAGUCACGCAGACAGUCACGCAGACAGCCUCGCUGUGCCCUGUGGGCAGAUGAGCCAAGGCCUCAGACUCUCUUUGUUGGAGAAGUUGCUGGAGCUACAGCAGAUCCUGAAGGAGAACCUCUUGACUUUGAUGGUCAAGGGUAAGCAUCAUAGCUUGAUUCUGGAGCAGCAGAAAAAGGACCUGGAGGAGAUAUAUACUGAGGUCAUUGAUAAGCAGAAAAUAGCCCGUCUAAUGGAUCAGAUGAUCAGCCUCCUACAGUUUGUGCCCCACAGCGAUAAGGAACCCCAACUACCUCCACACUUCCUGGGCUCCGAGCCUCCUAGCGGUGUGUGGGAAGGAGAACCCAGCAGGGAAGUCUCCCUGUUGCAUGAGGCUUAUACGAUAUCUAAGGACCACAACCUCUCUACCCGUGGUGAAGAGGUCUGUUUUUUGUACCGCUCUGGCUUUGAAGACUACAUGGCGUACCUGGCAAACAAAUACCAUGAAGACAAUAACAGCUCGGGCAUCAUUAACCUUGGUAUCAGUGAGAACAAGCUCUGCACUGACCUAAUAACCGAAAGGUUCAAACGGAGUGACAUGGCUUACCUGGAGAAUAGCCUGUUACAAUACAAUGACUGGACAGGACGAUUAUUCCUCCGGCAAGAAAUAGCUAAUUUCCUGUAUCACUACUGUAAGGCACCUUCUCCGCUUGAUCCAGAAAACGUGGUUGUUCUAAAUGGUUGCUGCUCUAUCUUCUCUGCACUGUCCAUGGUUCUGUGUGAUGCAGGAGAGGCCUUUCUGAUCCCUACUCCCUUCUAUGGUGGUUUCACCCUUAGUGCCAAACUGUACACAAAAGUUGAGCUGUUUCAUGUCCACCUGGACAGUAAGAUCACUGAUGAAAACAAACAACCUUUCCAGCUCACUGUCAAAAAGUUAGAAGAUGGCCUGCUUAAAGCUAUGCUUAAGGGGAAAAAGAUCAAAGGCCUUAUACUCAACAACCCCCAGAACCCUUUGGGUUACACCUACUCCCAAGAUUCACUGAAAGAGUACCUGACAUUUGCCAAGAGGUAUAAACUACAUGUGAUUAUAGAUGAGAUUUACAUGCUGUCUGUGUUCGAUCCAAAGACCACAUUCCACAGUGUGCUGAGCUUGGACAGUUUGCCUGACCCCCAAAGGACGCAUGUGAUCUGGGGUACCAGUAAGGAUUUUGGCAUCUCUGGCUUCCGCUUUGGUGCUCUAUACACCCACAACAAGGACGUGGCUGCUGCUGUGCGUGGCUUUAGCUACCUCCACAGCCUCUCUGGCAUUGCUCAGUAUAAGCUGUGUCAGCUGCUCAAAGAUAGAGUCUGGAUUGACAACACCUACCUGCCUUCCUAUAAACUACGGCUCCAGAGAGCUUACCGUUGUGUCACAAAGCAGCUAGACGCCUUGGAGAUCCCCUAUCUAAAGGGAGGCUGCGGCCUCUAUGUCUGGAUCAACUUGAAAAAGUACCUGACCCCAUGUACAUUCGAGAAAGAGUUAGACCUCUAUCGCCACUUGAUGAAUUACAAAGUGAUAUUGACCCGUGGCAAGAUAUACAUGUGUAAGGAGCCUGGCUGGUUCCGCCUCGUCUUUGCCGAGAAGACUCACAUCCUACUAUUGGCCAUGCAGAGGUUUUCUGAAGCACUGAAAGAAUAUGAGCAAAUAGCGGCAGUGGAGUUCCUGGAAGAUGCCUACAGGAGUGGAUGA